ACAGUCUCUGAUCAACUCUCUCACCCUACCAUCUUCACUUCAAUAGUUGCAAAAAAGGGGGAAAAAAAUACAUACAUUUUUCUUCUUCUCUGUGGGAAAAUCCCACUAAUAUUUGAAAUUUUCUGUUAUCUAAUGAUUACAUUUAGCUUGGGAUCCCUGGAGUUAUAUCAAAGAUCAUCUAAGGUAUCAUCAAAGUAAAGAUAUGGCAAAGACAGGAGCUCAAGCAAGUCCAGUUGUAGUGUUCUCCAUGUUCAUGUUGUUCAUAGUCUUGUUUUUCAGUUUUGUCGUGUCUGAUAAUGGUAAAGAAGUUGAGAUUCUUUUGUCUUUCAAGUCUUCGAUCUAUGACCCUUCUGGUUUCCUCUCAAACUGGGAUUCCUCAGCCACUUUUUGCCAGUGGCACGGCGUCACUUGCAAUAAUAAUCUCUCUCAUGUCGACAAACUGGAUCUUUCUGCUAAAAACUUAACUGGUAAAUUAGUUUCCUCCUCGAUUUUCCAUUUGCCUUUUAUUCAAACUUUGAACAUCUCCAACAAUCAGUUUUACGAUGAAAUUCCCGAGGAUAUAUUUUCUUCUUCAUCUUCUUCACUUCGGUUUCUCAACCUUAGUAACAAUAAUUUCACCGGUCAAAUACCAAGCGGUUCCAUUCCUGGUCUCGAGGUAUUGGAUCUUUCAAACAAUAUGCUUUCCGGAAAAAUCCCACCAGAAAUCGGAUCGUUUUAUAGUCUAAAAUUUCUUGAUCUGGGUGGGAAUGUUUUGGUUGGGGAAAUUCCAGUCUCGAUAACAAACAUCACCGGUUUGCAGUUCUUGACUUUGGCUUCAAAUCAAUUAGUCGGCCCCAUUCCACAUGGAUUAAGCAAAAUGAAGAGCUUGGAGUGGAUAUACGUUGGCUACAACAAUCUGUCGGGUCAAAUUCCUGAAGAAAUUGGUAUGUUGACUUCCUUGAAUCAUCUUGAUCUUGUCUACAACAAUCUCACCGGUGAAAUCCCAUCAUCCCUGGGGAAUCUCAGCGACCUUCAGUAUCUUUUCCUUUACCAAAACAAGCUUACAGGUUCGAUUCCAGACUCCAUUUUUGGACUCAAAAAGCUGGUUUCUCUCGAUCUUAGUGAUAAUUCAUUAUCUGGUGAGAUCUCUGAACUCGUAAUUCACUUACAAAACUUGGAGAUUCUUCAUCUUUUCGGCAACAUCUUUGCGGGUAAAAUCCCCAAGGCUUUAACCUCUUUGCCUCGUCUUCAAGUCCUUCAGCUUUGGUCCAACAGAUUGUCAGGUGAGAUUCCAGAAAGUCUUGGAAGGAAUAAUAAUCUCACGAUUCUCGACCUCUCAACAAAUAAUCUCACGGGUCGGAUACCAGAUGGACUUUGCAGUUCGAGUCGGCUUUUUAAGCUCAUUCUUUUCUCAAAUUCGCUUGAAGGUGCCAUUCCAAAGAAUUUGAGCACUUGCACGAGUUUGCAGCGAGUAAGGCUUCAAAACAAUCGUCUGUCAGGCGAGUUAUCCUCGGAGUUCACGAAGCUGCCUCUCGUCUACUUCUUGGAUGUCUCGAACAACGAUCUCUCCGGCAACAUUGGAGACCAAGAAUGGGACAUGCCGGCGCUUGAAAUGUUGAGUUUGGCAGGAAACAGGUUUUCCGGAAGGUUGCCUAACUCAUUCGGGAGCCAAAAGAUUGAGGACCUGGACUUGUCAGGGAACGGAUUUUCAGGUACAAUUCCACGUAGUUUCGGAAGUUUAACGGAGCUCAUGCAAUUCAGCCUAUCUGGAAACAAGCUAAUCGGUGAAAUCCCCGAGGAAUUAUCUUCAUGCAAGAAGCUCGUGAGUCUAGACUUGAGCCAUAACCAACUCAGUGGCCAAAUUCCAUCAGGUUUCGCUGAAAUGCCAGUUCUUAGUCAGCUUGACUUGUCGGGCAAUCAAUUAUCUGGUGAAGUUCCACCGCAGUUGGGGAAGAUGGAAUCACUGAUUCAGGUGAAUGUUUCUCACAACCAUUUACAUGGUAGUUUACCAUCUACCGGGGCCUUUCUCGCUAUAAAUUCAAGUGCAGUUUCCGGUAAUGAUCUUUGUGGUGGAGCUGAAACGAGCGGUUUACCACCAUGCAAGAAGGUUAAGAAUCUGAAUUGGUGGUUCUAUGUUGCUUGCUCACUCGUUGCUUUAGUUUUGCUUGCGUUUGCUGCUUUUGGCUUCAUAUUCAUUCGAAAAAGAAACAAUUUGGAGCUGAAGAGAGUGGAAAACGAAGAUGGAAUCUGGGAAUUACAGUUCUUUGAUUCCAACGUUUCAAAGUCAGUAACAGUCGAUGAUAUUACACUCUCUGCAAAACAAGUAAAUGGUAUUUGCAGAGGCAAUAAAUCGUCUGCAAAUGAUUUCCAAUUCGUGGUGAAAGAAAUGAACGAUGUCAACUCAAUUCCAUCGAGUUUUUGGUCUGAAAUCAAACAACUCGGCAAGCUUCAGCAUCCAAAUCUUGUUAAUCUGAUCGGAACAUGCCGGUCGGACAAGAAUGCAUAUUUGGUUUACGAGUACAUAAAAGGGAAACUUUUAAGUGAAAUCCUUCACGAAUUAACCUGGGAAAGACGGCGUAAAAUCGCCAUGGGGAUUGCCAAAGCUCUUAAGUUUUUGCAUUCUUACUGUUCACCAAGUAUAAUUGUGGGAGACAUGUCGCCGGAGAGAGUUAUCGUCGACGGAAAAGAUGAACCUCGCCUACGAUUAAGCCUUCCCGGGCUACUUUCAACGGAAAACAAAGCCUUCAUUUCUUCGGCGUACGUUGCCCCAGAAACCAGAGAAAGCAAAGAUAUGAGUGAAAAGAGUGAUAUAUAUGGAUUCGGCUUGAUUCUGAUAGAAUUAUUAACGGGGAAAAGCCCUGCGGAUGCUGAAUUUGGAGAUCAGCACCAAAGCAUGGUAGAGUGGGCCCGUUAUUGCUACUCAGAUUGUCAUCUUGAUAUGUGGGUUGAUCCCAUGAUCAGGCCAGGCCAUGCAUCCGACGUCAACCACAAUCAGAUCGUCGAAACCUUGAACCUAGCUCUCCAUUGCACCGCGGGUGACCCCACCGCUCGCCCCUCCGCAACCGAUGUAUCCAAAACUCUACAGUCUGCUUUCAGAAUAACUUCCUGUGUUUCAACCCUAAAGCUCUCUUCAUCUGUUUAGGCUUCUUUAUAAUUAUAUAUUAUAUAUUAUAUAUAGCAUGAUUUUGUUCAGAAUUUUUGUUUUUUGGGUUAAUUUCCUUUUUGGUUUUAUGGUUUCUAGUUGUAAGUUAUUAAAAUGAUUGUCGUCGUCACUCAAAUGUUCUGUUUGAUGGUAUGCUAAAUACAUACUAUUGAGUGUAAAAUGUAGAUAAAUCAAACGCAAUUAUAUAUGAAUUACAA